UCCCCAAAUUUCGCUCCCGGCUCUCCGUUCUCCCGAGCUCUCGAUCUUCUCUCAUGGCGGUGCUCUUGUAGGAGUACCCACCAACUAGCACGAUGCCCUCGAAGGACCGAAUUGCCUACUUCUACGACGGGGAUGUGGGGAGUGUGUACUUUGGACCGAAUCAUCCGAUGAAGCCACACCGCCUUUGCAUGACCCAUCAUCUUGUUCUUUCGUAUGGGCUUCACAACAAGAUGGAGAUUUAUCGGCCGCACAAGGCGUAUCCGGUGGAGCUUGCGCAGUUCCAUUCGCCGGAUUAUGUGGAGUUCUUGCAUCGAAUCACUCCUGACACGCAACACUUGUUUGCUAAUGACCUCAAGCGAUAUAAUCUUGGUGAAGACUGCCCUGUUUUUGAUAAUCUGUUUGAGUUCUGUCAGAUGUAUGCUGGCGGCACGAUAGAUGCUGCCAGAAGGUUGAACAAUAAACUUUGUGAUAUUGCUGUAAAUUGGGCUGGUGGUCUACAUCACGCAAAGAAAUGUGAGGCGUCCGGAUUUUGCUAUAUCAACGACUUGGUAUUGGGAAUAUUGGAGCUGCUUAAGCAUCAUGCUCGAGUGCUAUACAUUGAUAUUGAUGUUCAUCAUGGGGAUGGAGUUGAAGAAGCCUUCUACUUUACAGACAGGGUAAUGACAGUCAGUUUUCACAAGUUCGGUGACAUGUUCUUUCCGGGAACUGGCGACGUUAAGGAUAUUGGUGAAAGAGAAGGAAAGUACUAUGCGAUCAAUGUGCCACUUAAAGAUGGCAUAGAUGAUGCCUCCUUUAUUCGACUUUUCAAGAUAAUCAUUGCCAAGGUUGUUGAGACAUAUUUACCAAAUGUUAUAGUUCUUCAAUGUGGAGCUGAUUCUCUUGCUGGAGAUCGCUUGGGUUGCUUCAAUCUCUCCAUAGAUGGGCAUGCUGAAUGUGUGAAGUUUGUGAAAAAUUUCAAAUUACCUUUGCUGGUAACUGGUGGUGGUGGUUACACUAAGGAAAAUGUAGCUCGUUGCUGGACUGUUGAAACUGGAGUUUUAUUAGAGACAGAGCUUCCAAAUGAAAUUCCUGACAAUGAAUAUAUUCAAUAUUUUGCUCCAGAAUUUUCACUGAAGAUUCAGAGUGGAAACUUGGAGAACUUGAACAGUAAAUCAUACUUGAGCUCGAUCAAAGUACAAGUUCUGGAAAGUCUUCGGUGCAUACAGCAUGCUCCAAGUGUUCAGAUGCAAGAGGUUCCCCCAGAUUUUUAUAUUCCAGAUUUUGAUGAAGAUGAGCAAGACCCUGAUGAACGAGUAGACCAGCAUACCCAAGACAAGCAAAUUCAGCGCGAUGAUGAAUAUUAUGAAGGGGAUAAUGACAAUGAUCAAAACAUGGACGAUGGUCCCUAAACUGAAAACAAUUUAUGCAGGCACAAAAUGCUGUGUUCACUGGAAUAUUAUAGUAUUUAGACUCAAGAUGUUGUCAAAGCUCUUCACAAUUGAUCAAUAGACUGAUUAGUUAUUAUAGGUAAACCAUUUUCAGACUGGCAGGAGCAUUUUGGGAGAGGACAAAAGAAGUUCUCUGUUUCUUGUUCAUGUUUGGAAGAAACUCUGUGCAUACAUACCUCUAAACAGUAAUAUAACAUACAUUGAAAUGUUACAAGAACCAUCAAACCCAUUUAAAGAAAUUCUUUAAACAA